ACGAGCAUAUCAUUAUCAAUGGAAGCAAUGCAUUUUCAUCUCCUAGCCUUUGUUUUCUGGUGUCUGAGCAUGAGAACUGGAAUCGGAUACAAUUCCAAUUCCAGUGUAGGAGAAGUUCAAGUCAUGUGCAUAGAGAGGGAGAAGCAAGCUCUUCUCAAGUUCAAAGAUGGCCUUGUGGAUUAUGCUAAUGAGCUUUCUUCAUGGGGUAGCAAAGAAGAGAAUUGCUGCAAAUGGAGUAGGGUUCGGUGCAACCAAAGUUCUGGUCAUGUUUCUGCGCUUGACUUUCGUCCUGUGGUCAAGAAUGAGUAUGGAGGGACCUCAUGGACACCCUUCAGAGGGGAGAUAAGAUCUUCAUUAGUGGAACUGCAGCAGUUGACAUAUUUGGACCUGAGUUUGUUUCAGGGAAGUGAAAUCUCCAUCCCAAAGUUCAUUGGUUCAUUAAAGAACUUGAGAUAUCUGAACUUUUCUGGGUGCGAAUUUGUCGGAACCAUUCCUGAUCAGCUUGGAAAUCUCUCAAGGUUGGUUUCUCUUGAUCUCAGCAAAAAUAAUUUUGACAAAGUUGAAAGCCUUAUGUUCCUUUCUCAUCUACCUGCUUUGGAGAAUCUUGACAUGAGAAAUACCAAUCUUAGUCAGGCAACAGAUUGGUUGCAAGCAAUUAAUUUGCUCCCUUCUCUGACGAACAUGUAUUUGAGUGGAUGUGAGCUAUCUCUAAAUAUUCUUCCACCUCCAUCUCUUGUCAAUUCCUCUAGAUCACUUGUUGUCAUUGAUCUUUCUUCCAACAAUUUGGUAUCUUCAAUCUUCCCUGGCUUGUUCAUCGCUAACCAUAGCCUUCCUGCUCUUAAACACAUUAAUCUUGCUUUUAACGACCUUGAAGGUGAAAUUCCAAGAACAUUUGGGAAUCUCUCUAGCUUGGAAACAAUGGAUUUAUCUCAGAAUGGUCUAACUGGAGAGCUACCAGAUAUGAAGAAUUCUUCGUCAAUCAGAGAAAUAUAUCUGUCCGGCAAUAAACUAAAUGGGAGUUUAACUACAAGUAUCGGGCUGCUUUCCAACCUUGAAAUUUUGGAUCUCUCCUCUAAUUUCAUGGAUGGUAUUAUUUCAGAUAUCCACUUUCUGAACCUCUCCAAAUUAUGGUACUUGGAUAUUUCUUUAAAUUCUUUGACACUGAACUUCAGCCCAAACUGGGUUCCCCCUUUUCAGCUUAUCACUUUAAAAAUGAGCUCUUGCAAGUUGGGGCCCCAUUUUCCUCAAUGGCUUCAAGUGCAAAAGAGGAUUUUUCACCUUGACAUCUCCAAUGCAGGAAUUUCAGAUCCUAUCAGUGAUUGGUUUUGGGAUCUUCCUCUCAAACUUGGCUACUUGAAUCUCUCCUCCAACCAAUUCAGUGGUGAGGUGCAGAAAUUGUCAUCAAUAUUAGGUAGUAUGUCUGCUGUUGAUCUCAGUUCUAACCAUUUUCAUGGCUCACUACCACUACUUCCACCUAGUACAACAAUCUUGGAUCUCUCCAAAAAUAUGUUUUCUGGAACUACAUCCAACUUAUGUUCAAUAACAGGUCACAAACUGAACUAUCUUGACCUUUCUGAUAAUUUUCUAUCAGGAGAACUUCCUGAUUGUUGGAUGCAUUGGAGAUAUCUAGGAAUCAUUAAUUUGGCUAACAAUAAUUUUUCUGGUACCAUCCCUGCCUCAUUUGGGCUGCUUCCAGUUGAAACAUUAUCUUUAAGAAACAAUAGCUUCUCUGGAGAAUUGCCUCCAGCCUUAGGUAAUUGCACAGCUCUAGAACUUCUAGACCUUGGAGAGAAUAGAUUAUCUGGUGAAGUACCAGAAUGGAUAGGGGAGAAUCUUUCAAGUCUGAUCGUUCUUCGUCUUCGAUCAAAUCACUUUAUUGGAACCAUACCUUUGCACCUAUGCUAUCUAGAUUCUCUUCAAAUAUUGGACCUGUCCCGCAACAAUAUUUCAGGAAGUAUACCAGAGUGCCUAAGCAAUUUCACUGCCAUGGCUUUAGAGCGGCGCACAGCUGAAAUGAGUUAUACGUAUUCUUCCAAUAUUGAGGAUCACUCUUGGGGUAGUGAAUGGAAAAUUACUGAGCAAUACAUAGCCAAACUCAUGGUUGUCUGGAAAGGAAUAGAGCUGGAGUUCGGAAAAAAUCUUGGUCUUGUUAAGAGCAUUGAUCUUUCAAGAAAUAAUCUGAGUGGAGAAAUCCCUGGUGGAAUAACAGUUCUUAUUGGCUUGGUUUCACUAAAUUUCUCACAUAACCAAUUGACUGGAAAUAUUCCUCCAAGAAUCGGCCACUUGAAAUUGUUAGAAUCUCUUGAUCUGUCUACAAAUCAACUUUCCGGCAGACUUCCUGAGGGCCUUAGUGACUUAAAUUUUCUGAGUCGCCUAAACUUGUCAUAUAACAACUUCUCUGGCAAAAUUCCAAGGAGCACUCAACUACAGAGCUUUGAUGAUACUUCAUUUAAAGGAAAUCCAGGACUUUGUGGUGAACCACUUCCAAAUAGGUGCCCUGGAGAACAAGCUGCGAGUCCACCCAUUAAUGGAGGCAGCGAAAACGCUGACAAGCAAGUAGGCAAGGAUGAGAUUAUAACCUCAGGAUUUUUCAUAAGCAUGGGAAUAGGGUUUGCUACAGGGUUUUGGGGAGUUUGUUGCAGUUUAUUGCUUUACGGGCCUUGGAGACAUGCCUACUUUCAGUUCUUGGACACAGUAGGAAGUUGGCUAUACGUAAGAGCUGUAAUGAGUGUAGCUAAACUGCAAAGCAUGCUCUGAAACCUGAAGUCAAGUCUCUCUGUGUUAAUUGUUUCCCUUUUUUUUAUCUUUUCUUUUUUCCCCAUUAUCCUUGUGUUAUAGAGUUCUAGGCUCCUAACAUAUGUGUUAGCACAGAUUUCAUGGAUAUAUAGUAUA